AAAAACGAAAGAAGCUUACGGGUUAAGAUACGAAAACUAUUCAUUUCAUUCCCCUCAAACCCUAAGCUUUAAGAAAUUUAAUAAAACAAAAAGAAAGAAUUUUGAGGAGGAAGAUGGUUUAAAGAACAAAAUAAAUAAACACACAGACGCCUCUCCUUUAUCUUUCCAUCUCCUUCUCUUUCUGUCUGCAACUCUCUUCUCUUGAUGUGAUUCUCCACCAUAUCUCCCACCCCAAAAAACCCUAUCAAACUUUACAAAAGAGAGAAUUAAAGCUCAAGCACCAUGGUCUUCUCAUCCAUUCCGGUCUAUCUAGAUCCACCCAACUGGCAGCAGCAACAUAAUAAUCAACCUCCUGCUGGAGCUGGGAAUGAAAACCCUCAACUUCCACCGCCGUCAGGACCACCUACAGGUGGUGGCGAUGGUGGUGGCACCACAGCUGGCUCAAUCAGGCCUGGAUCGAUGACUGAUCGAGCCAGGCUAGCCAAGAUUCCACUGCCUGAGAUGGCCCUUAAAUGUCCAAGAUGUGAAUCAACAAAUACCAAAUUCUGUUACUUCAAUAAUUAUAGCCUCACCCAGCCUCGCCACUUUUGCAAGACUUGCAGGCGAUAUUGGACUAGAGGAGGUGCACUAAGGAACGUGCCGGUUGGCGGUGGCUGUAGAAGGAACAAAAGGAGCAAAGGAAGUGGUAGAUCAAAAUCUCCAGUUAAAGCUGGGUCUAGCUCAAGUGGUGGACUUUCUUCUAAUGGUGGCACUACUGAUAUUACAGGGAACAUGACCACUCCACCACCACUGUUACCAAUUUUUCCACCUUUACAUCAUCUUGGUGACUAUAAUUCCCCAGAUAUUGGGUUAAAUUUUGGUGGAAUCCUGCCUUCAGUUGGGGCAACAGCUGGUGGAGGUGGUGGUGUUGAAUUUCAGAUGGAAAAUAGUACUAGUUCAAAUAGUGUUGGCGGAUCUGUUUUAUCCAGUGGACUUGUUGAGCAGUGGAGAUUGCAGCAAGUGCAACAUCAAGUUCAGCAAUAUCCUUUCUUAUCUAAUUUGGAACCAUCAAGUGGAUUGUACUCAUUUGAGGGUGGAGGGAUUGGACCAUCAAAUUAUGCUGGUCAGAUUCGGUCUAGGCCAUUGGACAGUACUGGGGUUUCUCAGCUAGCUUCGGUCAAAAUGGAAGGGAAUCAAGGGUUGAAUUUAUCAAGAAAUUUUUUGGGAAUUUCAGGAAACGAUCAAUACUGGGGUGGGAAUAAUGCAUGGACAGAUCUUCCGGGUUUCACUUCUUCUUCUACAAGCCAUCUAUUAUGAUUUUGAUGUGUUUUUCUAUCCAAAACUCCACCCAAUCUUGGUGUUUUCUAUUGUACUACUACAGGUUCACUAAAGCUAUCAGUAAUUAACUCGGAGAAAAAAGAGGUGUUUCAAGUUUCAACCAAUUAUCCUAACUCUGCAAGUUCCAAUCCCUAGAAUCUUUAUGCUGAUCGACGUGAAGGAUGGAUCAAAGAACUUGUCUAUUCAUGAUCUACUGAAUUAAAGAACUUAGAAAUGGUAGGGCUUCUAGUCUUGAAGUUUAUUUUUCUGUUAGCAAUUUUUUUCCUUGUAUUCUAUUCUAUGGGAUUAUGUUACAAAAGUAGGGUAUAUGUUUUCAUGGAGUUGGAUAUCUGACAUGAAUGGCUUAAAUUAUUAUAAUUGGCUUAUCAAUAUAAGCAGCGCAGUGUACUCAGGGAUCGAUUUUCGUUGAUAUGAUAUGUGAAAAAAACACUUCUUUGUUUGCACAA